AAAGUUCAUUAGUGGCCAUUCCUGCGACAAUUAAGGCUUUCAAUUUAAUGGCACACUAAUGGUAGGCAAAUCGUUCAAUUAAGUCUCACUGAGUUCUGGCUAUGAAAUAGGCUCGGUAAAUGAAAUUCCCUGUUUAAUUGUAAUGGAAAUGUUGUCAAUGAUAGUGCGUAUUAUUAUUUCCGCCGGGCUGUUGCCACUUUGCUGUGUGGAAGCUGAAAUACUGACCACUGACAUGCAGUUAUCGCAUAUGUCCAGCGCAAUUCUGCAUUACCACGCGAAUUUUUUCAGCAAACGUGCCAAAGGGUUUUCACUCUCAAUGCUUACAAGAGAUGACGAUGCUGUUGAUUAUUUCACCGACUUGUUGACGUCGGUAUUACCGAACGCACAGGAAGUGAAGGUGGAGAUUAAUGUGGCUGAGGGUAUGCCGAAACCGAAGAAAUACGAUUUGUACAACAUGCUAAUGAUCGACUCGUAUGAAGCGCUGGUUGACAUGGAUCCAGGGUUUCAUGCCCAGCAAAACGAUUUCAGCGAGUUCUAUUUGAUCGCUAUGCCUCCUGUUACGAAUCAUUUGCUCUUGAUGUCAGAAUUAAAAGCGAUUUUCGAUUAUUGCUGGCGUCACUAUAUUUUAAAUGUAGAUGUACUCGUGGAAGUUAACGGUACCGGUGUAGAGCUUUAUACCUACUUUCCGUUUUCGCCUCAGCGGUGCAAAAGCACCGUACCGAUUCAAUUAAAUCGUGGCAAAUCCAUCACAGAGCUAAGUGCUACAGCCCUAUUCCCCGACAAGGUAAGAAACUUUCACGGUUGCACCAUAACGGCAGUGCUGUGGGAUGUGCCGCCUUAUAUAUCGCUGCCUAAGCGGGAGCAGGGUGAGCUACAGUUUGGCGGUUUGGAAGGAGAACUUCUGAACCUUUUGAUUGCUGAGUUAAAUAUUGAUUUGAAUUAUACGACACCGCCUCGUAACGAGAAACGCGGUUUGAUCUUACCCAACGGAAAGUUGACUGGGGCGAUUAAAAUGUUGGCUGAAAAAUCGGGCGAUCUCAGUUUGGGUUGCUUUCGCCGUACACAGGAGAGGGCAACCGUGCUCACCUCAUCGAUUAGCUUUUAUCAGACCACACAGGUGUUCGCUGUGUUGGAGAGACAAGAACCUUGGUCCACAUACGAAAUCUUAACGUAUCCCUUCAAUAUACAUGUCUGGAGUUCGCUACUCUUCUUCUAUCUGGUGCCAAUAUUUAUAGCGUUUAUAUUGCAUCGCUUAAGCGUACGCCUCUUACAUUUCAUCUUUGGAAUUCUGCAUGUCAGAGAAAUGUUCUUCAUGUGGACGGGCAUACUCUUAUCUCAAAUAGCAAUACCCGAACCUUCGGCGAAUUUCGCACGCUACAUAUUUGUCAUGUGGCUGUUAUUAACCUUUGUUUUGCGCUCCUCCUACCAAGCGCUGCUCUACGACUUCUUCAGCACACAAAAAGUGAUCGCGGCACCUGCGACUUUGGACCAAUUGAUUCAACGUGAAUACAAAUUGGUUGUGACAGAAUCCACCGCCGAUUCGAUGUCUGGGAUAAAGGCUCUGCGAAAUCGAGAGAUUGAAGUACUGGCGUUGAAUAUGACCGACAUUGGAAUAUAUAUUGAACUGGAGGGUAAUCCAGAGAAAAACUUUGUAGCAUCCACUCCAAGUGACUUCCUCAAAUAUUAUAUGAUCAGUGAACAGAAAUAUAGCAAAUUCACUAUUUUGAAGGAGGAUGUCUUCCUACAUCAUAUUUCCGUAUACUUUACGAAGCACUCCUACUUGAAGCUGCCGGUCAAUAGAAUUCUACGGAAUCUACGUGCUGGCGGCAUAAUCGAGCACUGGUCGCUUGUUAGGGAACUACAUGCGAAUAAAAAUGGGUUGGACAAGCAAGCUUUGACGCUAACGCAGCUCUACGGAAUCUUUGUGAUCCAAUGUUUGAUGUGGGUUGCUGCAUUGCUGGUAUUCUUGGUCGAGUAUGUGCGGGGUUAUGCCUAGUAGAUAAAAUGGAAAACCUUUUAAAGGUUGUAUGAGUAUAUGUAAAGGAAAUAAUGUCUCAAAUAAAUCAUGUUGUUGUUAUGGUUUCCUUCGACGACAAACUGUUGGAUACUUAUGGUAAAUCUCUGGUCUCUGUGCCUUAACUUCGGGGAAAUUGUUAGAUUUUAUGAGACGAUUCUUCUGUAGAAAAAUUUUUGCGAAGAAUUUAGUUGGGGAAUAUCUGGCUAGAUUGUUAGAUGUAUCACUUCUGAUUAAUAUUAGUUCGGUCUCCCGAGUGUGAAGUAGCGUUCUUAAGCUCCGUAUUUCGGGAUCACUAUUACUGCGGUUUCUAAAUUCUUAGUUUUUUAAUCACAUUCUAGAUCAAUUUAACUCUCUAGUAGUGAUUCAUUCGUGGACUCCCUCUACCACAACAAUAAAACAUCAAUAUCACUUAAAAU